UAUUCUCAAGCAGUGGAGCUAAAGUGGCUGUACAAACAAUUCAGUUGAUUUUAAACCGUCAAACCUUAAACACUUAAAGUGAUCGAUUGAAAGUGAAGGAAAUUAAUUCAAAACAUUUUCAACUAAAAGCCAACUUAAGAAUUCCCUGUUACACAUUAAAUUUUACUAGUCUUUAUAUCUACUAAGCGAAUUUAGAGCGAAAAUGGCCGCACCAGCAUUAAAAGAUCUUCCAAAAGUUGCCGUCGAUCUUAAGAGUCAGUUGGAAGGGUUUACCACAGAUAAACUAAAGAACACCGAUACACAGGAAAAAAUAAUUUUGCCCACGGCUGAAGAUGUUCAGCAAGAGAAGCAGCACCAGUCAUUGUUGCAAGGUGUAGAGAAUUUUGACCCCAAAAUAUUGAAGCAAACGCAUACACAUGAAAAAAUUGUUCUUCCCACUGCCGAAGAUGUGGCCACUGAAAAAUCACAGAAAAACCUAUUCAACACCAUCGAAGGUUUCGAUUCUACCAAACUGAAACAUGCCGAAACUCAGGAAAAAAACCCGUUGCCAGAUAAAGAUGUUAUAAUUGCUGAAAAACGGCAUGAAACCAUUCUGAAUGAAGUGGAACAUUUCGACCAGAGUGGUAUGCAUCAUGUUGAGACAGCUGAAAAAAAUCCAUUGCCCCCAUUGGAAGCCAUUGAACAGGAGAAAACCAAAAACAACUUUAUCAAUGGUAUCGAAAACUUUGACUCCACUAAAUUGAAGCACACUGAAACGUGCGAAAAGAAUCCGCUGCCAACCAAAGAAAUUAUCGAAGAAGAAAAGAAAGCAUAAGCAACAUUUUCGACAAAUGUUCGCCUGCAAAUCGUCCGUCUACACAAAAUGACUUUUUUUCUGGAAUUUAAACAAUUUUUUUUAAAUGAAGCAAAAAAAAUGCGCUAAAAAAACCGAAAGAUAAAACAACUGGAAGCAACGCUAUAUCUCUAAAAAUGAUUUUUUUUCUACAUGUAACGAAUUUUUCCAAUUUUAUACAUAAAAAUAAGAUAAACUAACAAACGAAAAAAGAUAAAAAUUAAAAAAUUAAAAUGCCUAGUUAAUGGGGGCAGAUUAACGCAUUACAAUUUAAAAAAACAAAACAUUUUGUAUUCUAAGAAAACUAUGUGUGUAACUAAAAAAGUAUUGUGACAAGGAAAUGUGAAAAUAAAAAAACAAAA